UUUGAGAGAAGGCGGGAGGAGCAGGUGGCUGAAGAGGGGGGAGUGAUGAAGAGACAAGGAGUGUUGUGGUGUUUAUUAUAAAGGAGAAAAUAUUAAUUCCCCCCUCGCCGUGGGCCGUGACGUCACCACAGGAAGUGAUUGUAGCCCACUAGUGGGGCGAUUAGCAGCAAAAAGAAAGCAGGAGUCUGAUGUGGACGAGUCAGCCUCAUGCGCGCCUCGCCGUGCGCACCAACUUUUGGAGCGCAAAGUUGACGCCGAGCAAGAAGAAGGGAGGAUGCACUGAAUGUCAACUUGGACUCCAGGAUUUGGACUUCCUCCUUGGCUUUAUUUGCUUUUUUGUCCUCUUUUUGAGUUGGGGGGGCUGCCGAGGUGGAGGAGAGGAGUGGUGUUAUGAAGGCUCCAUCCUUGCUCUCCUGCUAACAUGGAGGCAUCCAGCGGCUCCAGCUUCGGGAUUGACACCAUCCUAUCCGGCGCGCCAAGCUCACUCAUGAACGGGGACUUUAGGCUGGCCGACGGCCGCACGGCGGACUUCCGGAGACAGGACACGCCGUCGCCGUGCUCGGAGAUAGACACGGUGGGCACGGCCCCCUCGACCCCGCUCUCGGUCACGAUGGAGCACCCACCCGCCGACGCGCAUGUGGCGCCGGACACCAGCCUUCAGCACCACCACCACCAUCACCACCACCACCACACGCUGCCGCUGUCGCCUCAGCAGCCGCUGCCGGUGCAGCUGGCCGCGGCCGGCUGCGCCCCGCGGAGCGCCACUUCCUCCUUUCUCAUCAAGGACAUCCUGGGCGACGGCAAACCGCUUGCCGCCUGCGCGCCUUACAGUACCAGCGUAUCGUCGCCCAAACCGGAGAGCGCCGCGGCUCCGGACGGCUUUAGGCCCAAGCUGGAGCAGGACGAGGGCCGGGGCAAGCUGGAGCGGAGGGACGACAUCCACGGCGACGUCAAGUGCAACGGGACCAAAGAGGAAGGCGACCGGGAGAUCUCCAGCAGCCGAGACAGCCCCCCAGUGCGCACCAAGAAGCCCCGCAAAGCGCGCACGGCCUUCACCGACCACCAGCUCAACCAGCUGGAGCGAAGCUUCGAGAGGCAGAAGUACCUGAGCGUCCAGGACCGCAUGGACCUGGCCGCCGCCCUCAACCUCACCGACACCCAAGUCAAGACGUGGUACCAGAACAGACGGACCAAGUGGAAGAGACAGACGGCGGUGGGUCUGGAGCUUCUGGCCGAGGCUGGGAACUACUCGGCCCUGCAGCGAAUGUUCCCGUCGCCCUACUUCUACCACCCGAGCCUGCUGGGCUCCGUGGACGGCAGCACGGCGGCAGCGGCGGCCGCGGCCAUGUACAGCAGCAUGUACCGGACUCCUUCCGCGCCGCACCCCGGCCUCCAGAGACCGCUGGUGCCGAGGGUGCUCAUUCACGGCCUUGGGCCCGGGGGCCAGCCGGCACUGAACCCCCUGUCGAACCCCAUGCCCGGCACGCCGCACCCGCGGUAGAAGCCGCUUGGACGGCCGACGUGAGUAACCGCUGCCGGGACACAAAAAAGACACAUUUAACUACGAGAGGAGGAAGAACAAAUAAAGACACUUUCCAGAAGUAAAAGGAGCUAUUUAACGAGACUUUUCUCUCCGCGUCCAGACGGAACACAAGUGGACUGCUAGUGUCUGAUUGUCCGUUUGUUUGUCUUUUGUACAAAUCCACUUAACAUUAGCGAAUAAACAUUUAAAGUUUAUUAUUAGAUGGAGACGAACGAAUAAAGAAGUAAUGAUACGAAUGCAAAGUCACUCAUUUCUUAUUUUUCUCUGUCAUAUAAGAAAGCUAAAUUAAAAAGUAUAUAAUUAGCCUCAUCUUUUUUUAAAAAUGCUUUUUAACCA